GGGGAGUGGUACUGAUGCUGAUGCAGUGUGGAAGAGAAGAGCGCAGAGCAACGUGCAGGACGAUGCGGGGGUUUCUCAACUCCGCGCCACUCGUCUCUUCUGAAGGAUAGGCUUUACCUAUCCCCUUGUAAAUUAUAUUUUUGUAGGAUUUUGAUAUUUUUUUUCAUCCAAGACUGUCUCCGGACCAAUAUUUUGCAUUCUGAUCGGAAAAGACGACUGCAGUUGAUUUCACUUGUCUCAACUGAAUACCCACGGCGUAGCGAAAUAGAGGCACUUUGAGUGAAGGACGCGUUGGUUUACUUACAAUCAUUCAACAGAUUAAAACCUUCCGCGGACCAAAGUUGAUCUGGAUAUCUGCUUGCCUGGAUAGAUCGCAACCAUGGCGGAUGCUGCAGCCGAAUACGGCGUGAAAGUAAUGUGCCGAUUCAGGCCACUAAAUGAAUCCGAAAUAACAAGAGGAGACAAAUACAUCCCCAAAUUUAAAGAAGACGACACCGUGGUUAUAACUGGUAAACCAUAUGUCUUUGACCGCGUCCUGCCUCCCAACACAGCCCAGGAGCAGGUCUACGAUGCCUGUGCCAAACAGAUUGUUAAAGACGUCCUUGGAGGAUACAAUGGAACCAUCUUUGCCUAUGGACAGACCUCCUCGGGGAAGACCCACACCAUGGAGGGCAAGCUCCACGACCCCCAGCUGAUGGGCAUCAUCCCACGCAUCGCUCACGACAUCUUCGAUCACAUCUACUCCAUGGACGAGAACCUCGAGUUCCACAUCAAGGUCUCGUAUUUUGAAAUCUACCUGGACAAGAUCCGAGACUUACUAGAUGUGUCAAAGACCAACCUGGCUGUGCAUGAGGACAAGAACAGAGUUCCCUAUGUCAAGGGUUGUACAGAGCGCUUUGUGUCCAGUCCAGAGGAAGUCAUGGAUGUCAUCGAUGAGGGAAAGGCCAACCGGCACGUGGCUGUGACAAACAUGAAUGAGCACAGUUCCAGAAGCCACAGCAUCUUCCUGAUCAACAUCAAACAAGAGAAUGUGGAAACAGAGAAGAAACUGUCAGGGAAGUUAUACCUGGUAGAUCUGGCUGGUAGUGAGAAGGUCAGUAAAACAGGUGCUGAAGGAGCCGUGUUGGACGAAGCUAAAAAUAUCAAUAAGUCCCUCUCUGCUCUGGGGAAUGUCAUCUCUGCUCUGGCUGAGGGAACAGUGAGUUCUCUCUAUAUAUCUCACCUUUCUCUCUUUCAUAUAGUGACAUCAGCAGGGAUUACUGAAUACUUUGCAUAUGUGACAUUAAAAUUGUGUAAAAACAAUAAACCAAAAUGUGCUUUUGCUGAAAAAAGUUAUGCAUCAGCAGUGAGGUCAUGUUUUUCCUCUGAUCUGGUCCUGAUGGCUGACUGGUUAUCUAUGAGACUGGCUGUUGAAAGGCCCUGAUGGCUGACUGGUUAU